CAGUCGUGCGGUUCCGACGCGCCGCCGGCAAUCGGCACUCGGCGCAGACGAGUUCGAGAUGGAGGCGGCGCUGCGCGGGAUCAGGGGGAAGCUGACGGAGCACCGGGAGAAGGUGAUCAGCGGGCUGCUUGUGGGCUCCUUCGUGGCGCUGGGGUGGCGAUCCUCGGAGCAGCAGCGCGAGAUCGACGGCCUGGAGACCGAGAAGAACUCCCUCCGCGCCGCCAACGCCUCCAUGUCCGCCGCCAUGUGGGCCUGGCGCGAGGAGCUCUUCUCCCUGGCGGCCGCGCCCUCCGCACCUAUCUCCACCGCACGCCUCCGCUGCAUCUACGGGGAGGAGGAGCCCGUCCCGCCCGCGCCCAAGCAACCAGGAUCUGAUGCUGAGGAGGAAUCAGUUUCUAUAGCAUGAACUCUUUUUCACCUUUUCAAUGCAAUGUGCGGUGUUUAGCAUUGUCAGACAAGGCUGGUUCCGGUUAGGUGAUAAUGUUUUUGUUAGAUAAUCAUGAGUGAUUUUGCACUGAGCUGCAAAUGAAUUUUUCGUUGACUCCACAUAAGGGACACUGUUGUAUUAUGUGCUACUUUUUCUAUGCCGUAUGCUGAGGGGUCUGGGCAUCUUGUGUUGUUCAAAUGCUAUCCUAAUGUCCUUCCUCUUAGUUCC